CAUUCAAGUGUACUCAUUGUACACGGGAUAUGUAAAAAUAACAAUUAACAAUAUCUGCAUUAACUUUGUUUGAAAGUAAUUGCUGGUGGCGCAGGCGCUUAACUUUUGAGCAAUAAAAAUUUUUGAAUAAUCUGCAUCGUGAGUCCUAAAAAUUACAGUGAUUGCGCUUACUUCCUGCAAGUAAACCCGCAAUGAACCGUUUCGUGCUAUUGCGUCUUAGGAUCUUCGCACGGCAGGUUUCCGUCCAAGGAAAUUCAGCGUGUCCUUCGUGCGUUCAGCUUCGUGCUUCUGGGUUUCGUGAGCAGGCAUGUUUGUUGUCCACGAGUGCUACGAUUGCGCAGCAGAAGCUGUCUCCCCAUGCGGCUCCUUCCGGAGGCUCCGCUGCAUCCCCGGCAACGCCACCGUUGAAAUCCGCGCACAAUGAUCAUAAGGAAAUGGAUGGCCUCGUACGUGAUCUGAAAGCCAAAGCCUCUGUAGGAAAAUUGUUCUACGAAACUGAAAACGAGGGAGUCCGACAGGCUCUGUUGCGCUUGCCUGUGUAUAAGGAAUACUUCAGUUCGCUCCCGAUGAAAAUCGGAACGCGUCCACUAUCGUUAUUUGCUUCCAGGGAGCUCAUGCGCGCUGCCGGGACGAUGAAAGUGCGUGAACUGAUCGACACUCUCAGCACGUUUUCGGGAUAUUUAUCUCUGGGACGUGAUCAGCUAGUCAAGGACGAGCAGUUUCUGGAAUUCGUCAAAACGUUGUCGCGGGAAUUGUCAUCUUAUUCCGGCCUGACGUUUCCGGAAUUGCAGAACCUUCUGCAGUCGUACCAGCGUUUCCGGUUUGAUCAUUUACCGCAUAAUUUUGCACCAGCAGGAAUCCUGCGGGCAGCACUCGAUGCGCAGUGUCUAGAAAUGUGGCCGAGUUUGAAGCCAUCGCAAGCGUUCAUUUUAUCCGAUUUGUGGUUUUUAUCCUCGUGCUCUCGUUUGGCUGAAUUUCCAAAAGUCAUGCUGAGCAGAAUAAAACCACAGGUUGAUUUUUUCAAGCCGCACGAGCUGGUGCGCUUGUUGUUCUCCGUAUCGCUCCAGCGAACUGCCGAUCCGGGUCUGAUGCUACUAAUCGAAAGAAUGCUUCUGCCACAUAUCCAGAAUUUUUCUAUUGAAGAAAUCGCGGCCGUUUGUGCAGGGUUUUUUAAAACUCAGACCACACCCGGUGCAGAACUGGUGGAUAAAAUUCUUACCCGUUUACUGAAUAUGGAUGGUGAUAUUUUGGCUAACGAUAUUGUUCUGACGUCAUGUUCGAAAUUUGCCGACCGCUAUGUUGUGCCCGCUCAUCAUGACCACUUGAAAAGAUUAAUCGAGAAAGUUAAGCCAUUUACGGGACAACUUAGCAUUACUACAUUAGCUCAUCUGAGCAGACUUUUGGAGACUAUAUCUACUGUGGAUACAGAUUUCCUGAGUGCUGUAUGCCAUAAGCUACUAACUCGGUUUCCCAAUGUUAGAUUAAAAGAUGUUGCGAAAAUUUGCCAGACUUGCAGUUUAUUCAAUUUCCGUCCGAAUGUUGGCGCGGAGGAUUUUUAUACUGUCGUUAAGGAACUGGUAGCCAAAAACCUUCAAACCGCUGAAAUUUCCAUAUCUCCCUCGAAAUUUGUCAUCCUAUUGGUAUCUUUGGCCCGGAUGGAAGUUUUCUCCAAGAGGCUCCUCUGGAGGAUUACGGCACCGCAGUUUUUGAAGGCUUACUUGGGUCAGCCAUACUCUUUGUUGGUAAAUAAGGAGUAUCUCCAGUUGCAUUACGCCGUGAAAAUUGAAUUCCCGGAACAUGAUGGACCGGAUCUCCUUCCUGAAGAGCUUUUGCGCCAGUUCGUAGCGGACGAGAUAUCGAAAACAUCAGAGCCACACAGUGCAGUAUCAUCAUUACUCCUUUGCUUGAGAACUCUCCUGCAACAGGAAAAGCAGGAAAAGAUUCGUGGUGCUGUGGGAGUCGCUUGGCCUUUACCAUACGAUAAGCAAAUGAUGCUCGUGAGAAUUAACGACUUGCGGUCGAUGGCACUGCCGUCCGAACUUCUUUCCGAUGAGUCUCCUCACCUUCUCAAAGAAGCACCGACUGAUGCAACAUGUAUUGCUUUGGUAUAUCACCCGUGGUGGGACUACUUUAAUCCUGGUCACGAACUGAAUGGAGUUGGGAGAAUGAAACUGCGCCAUUUAAGAAAGCUCGGAUAUCGUCCUGUCAGUGUCGACCAACAGGAAAUUCAGAAUCAUAAUUUUCUUCAGAAGAUGAAAUAUUUAAGAGACAAAUUGUUCUUUAACGAUUUCGAAGCAACAGUGACACCGAAUGUUGAUGUGGGAUCGUUGGCAGAUAAUGGAGUUGCGCAGGCGAAUGUGUAGAUUCUUAAUUUUGUUGUGUGAUUUUGAUGUUUUCAAAACAAGGUCGCAGGUGCUGUCGUGAAUGAAAGCAGACACGA